GCUCCCGGUGUAGGUGACCUUGGUGGCUUCUCUCCUUGAGCAUGAAGUGCAUCAUUACUGGUGGUAAUGUGAAAGCACUGGGGAAAGCGGUGCACUCUCUCUCCCGCAUUGGUGAUGAAGUCUACAUUGAGCCACUGAAGGAAGGGCUCUCUUUACGUGCAGUAAGUGUAUCUCGCUCAGCAUAUGCCUGCUUCCUGUUCGCCCCUCUCUUCUUCCAGCACUAUGCGCCUGGAGAAUCAAGGCCUGACCCUGAUGCAGGCCCUGUCAGAUGUAAAGUGCUUAUGAAGUCUUUCCUGGCUGUAUUCCGCUCACUUUCUUUGCUGGAGAAGUCUGUGGAGAAAUGUCUCAUCUCGCUGCAUUUCUGUCCCACCAGGCUCCGUGUACAACUGCACUGCAAAUAUGGUGUCGUCAAGACCCACGACUUAUUGUUCCAGGAGUGUGAAUCACUGCAGGCAGUUUUUGACCCAGAACAGUGCACCCAAACUCUGCGUGCUCCUCCCAGGUUAUUAGUGGAUGCGGUGGUGCACUUUCCAUUGACUCUGGCUGAGGUGACAAUGGGUGCCAGUCCUGGUGGGAAAGUGACCUUCCGCAGUUACCUGGAAGAAGAGACAGAGGCUGGCCGGACGAUGGUGACAGAAAUGUGUUUGAGUGAGGAUGAGUUCCAGGUCUUCCAUGUUAAGGAGGAGACACAAGUUACUUUCUGCCUUAAGGAAUUUCGGGGUCUUCUAAGUUUUGCAGAGUCUUCAAAUCUUCCCCUUAAUAUCCACUUUGACAUCCCUGGCAGGCCAGCCAUCUUCACUUUAGAGGACCCCCUGCUAGAAGUGCAACUGGUCUUGGCCACACUAUCAGAGCUAGAUAGUCACAGUUCCCAGAUGACCAGCGGUACACACAAGGCUGUUGCUCCUGCUUACGACUUCACCAACGAUGACAUUGAUGCCUACAUGAUUGCCAUGGAAACCACAUGUGCUGGCAUGGAUCGGGUGUGUCCAUCUCCCAACCUCACCUUCCCUACACGACAUACCAUUUCUGACACAAGAGACUUGGAUAGUGAUCAUGAGGGGACUGUGCCAGGUACACCACCGCAAAAAAAGUUCCGUUCCUUGUUCUUUGGCUCCGUCCUAAACCAGUCGCAGACCCUGCUCCUCCCAGGCUCUGGGCAAGAGGUGCUAGCAGAGGACAGUGAGGGAGAAUCCUGAGGUUCCUGACUGUUGAGAUGCAACAGGUGCUUCACCAU